UCAAGAACAGUGUAGUUUGGUUUACGGUGCGGAGGUAACGCGGACUGACGACUCCGCAGUGAAACAGUCUGAACAUGAGUGCGAGUUUCGGGAAAUCCGUGUUGAUAACGGGGUCCAGCAGAGGAAUAGGAUUACAGCUGGUGAAAGAGCUGGCUAAAAGCAGCAACAGACCCGCUACAAUCAUAGCGACAGCCCGCAAUCCGACUGGAUCUGUGGAUCUGCAAGAGCUCUCCAAAACCUAUCCAGGGGUUCAUAUUGUGACAUUAGACGUGGACAGCCAGCAGAGUAUCCGCUCAGCCGUGGAGGAGUCCAGUCCAUUGUAAGGAAUAACGGACUGAACUGUCUGAUCAAUAACGCUGCCAUCGGACUCCUUACAGACAUAAACACUGUUACCCCAGAGG